AUGCCACCAAUUCGCUCUGAAUCUCGGCAGAAAUUAGCCAAUCAAGAGGGCAAGAUCUUAUUGGCCCUGUCUGAUUUACAAGAAGGCCGUAUCCAAUCUAUUCGCGCGGCAGCUAAGCUAUACGAUGUGCCUCGCUCUACUCUGCAGACGCGCGCUAAUGGCACGCUUUCACGCGUUGACACACCACCAAAUGGGCGUAAGCUUACUCAAUUAGAAGAGGAUUCGCUUGUUGAAUGGAUAUUCUCUAUGGAUAAGCGUGGAGCAGCGCCUAGGAAGACUACUAUACGCGAAAUGGCUAAUAUCCUACUGGCCGCGCGCGGUAGCCACCCUCCGCCUACUGUUGGCGAGAAUUGGCCGUCAAAUCUCAUUAACCGUCGCCCUAACCUUCGUAUACGCUCAUCAAUACGCUAUGACUACCAACGCGCCCUAAACGAAGACCCAAAGCUACUACGAGAGUGGUUUUCUACCGUACAACGCACUAUCGAUGAGAACGGUAUACAACCGGAGGAUAUCUACAACUUUGAUAAGACAGGAUUUGCAAUAGGCCUUAUAUCUUCGCAGAAGGUUGUUACGCGGGCAGAAAUGAUAGGCAAUAGCCGUCGCCUGCUUCAACCAGGAAAUCGCGAAUAG